UGGUCGGUCAGGAGAGCCAGUGGUACGAGUUGCCUGAAGUGUCCUGGAUGAAGACUUGUCUCGAGAUGGUCACAGUGGUUGGUUACCAGCUCCUUGCCGCCAUAUUGUGUUCUACCCAGACAGAGCCUAUGUUCAUCAGAAAGACGCCAGAACUGUUCGCCGACUACGACACCACACAGCUCAACUACGGAGUUGCGGUUAGCGACGUCGAUGGUGAUGGAGAGAUGGAGUGGAUUGUAGCUGGGUUUAAUGGCCCAAAUAUGGUUUUCAAGUAUGAUCACAUGACUCGGAAGUACAUCAACCUGGUUGAGACUGACAGCCGAUUCACCAAUCUGAGUGACAAGGAAGGCCAAGCCAUCGGUGUAGUUGCUUGUGACUUGGACGGCGACCUCGACGGCAGGGAGGAGAUUUACUUCCUCAAUACUAACGAUCAAUACUGGGGCUCCAAGAGUUACAAGGACAAGCUCUUCAAGUUCAGGAAUGGACGCUAUGAAGACUUGUAUAGUGACACUGUAAACUCCGGUAUGUCCCACAUGUUUGCUGGACGUUCUGUGGCCUGUGUGGACAGGAAGGGGACGGGGAAAUAUGGCUUUCUUCUGGCAACCUACAGCAGGUUGGGUGUGGGUGAGUUUGCCCUGAUCGAGAUGAACGAGUCAAGCCCUGACAACGAUGUCUCCUCCGGUCGCGUGGUCAUCUGCAACGUGGGCGGUGAUGCUGGGAUAAACAUCAGCACUGGUGGACAGGCCAUCGUUGUUGGUCCGAUCCUAGGUGAUGAUGGUUUGUCCGACAUCUUCUUUGUUAACGAGGGGAAUUCAGAGGUCAACAACCGAGGGGACAACGCACUCUUCAAGAACAGAGGGGAUGGGACAUACCAGGACGUAGCCGGCAUCUCAGGUAUUGCUGAUCGUGACGAAAAUGGCCGCGUAGCACUUGCGGAUUUCAACAAUGACGGUCUGCUUGAUAUUGUGUAUGGAAACUGGAUAGGGCCAAACAGACUUUAUCUACAGCGGAAAAACGGCAGUGAUGUGCGGUUUGAGAACGCCGCAAGCCGGGAGUUCGCGAGGUCAUCCCCAGUCAGGACCCUUAUAGCGGCCGACUUUGACAACGACGGUAUUCUCGAAGUGUUCCUCAACAAUAUCUACUACCAGUUUGCCUUGACCCCCAACUUGUUGUUCAGGGUCACACCUAACGGGGCUGGUGUGGACAUUCAAAAUAUUGACGUUGGUGAUGCCCUUGAGUUGAACGGGAGAGGUACAGGUGCAUCAGUCACUGACCUUGACGGCGACGGUCGUCUCGAGAUGCUCGUGUCGCACGGAGAAAGCACGGAACAGCCUCUAGAGCUUUACCACGUGCAGCCCGGGGAAGGAAACAUGUGGAUCCGGAUCAUGCCCCUCACUAGAACAGGGGCUCCUGCACGAGGUGCUAAGGUAACUGUCACGCUGACGGAUGGCACCCGGUUGAGCAGAGUCAUCGAUGGGGGAUCAGGUUAUCUCUGUCAAAUGGAACCUGUUGCCCAUUUCGGUCUUGGUGUCUCCUAUCCAGAAGAGGUCAGCGUACUAUGGUCCGAUGGCAACGUUGUUACCAAGACGAUGGGUUGGACGCUUGUCAAUAGGUUCCACAAGAUAGGAUAUUCUGGUUUCCUGGAUACAGUUCCGAGACCAGAUUCCGGAAGAAAGGAAGAAGACACUGUCAACGAAGGGACAAAAGGUUGUGUGGGUAUUGUUUCAACCUUGGUAUUUCUCGUACUUUCCCACAUCCUCCGGUGACGUCCGAUGUUUGGUGCAGCUGUACCGAGCAUACCCUCUCUCAGCCAGGAUACGCUCUGUUGACGUGUCAUCUCCAUGGGUACUUAGUCAUGAUGGCAUCACUCUCACGCCAUCAUGUUUGAGAUACAAUGGGGUUUAGUCAUACGGUCCUUUUCUUGUUCCAUUCAAGCAGAACCUUGAACAAAGAGUAAGUACAUCCGACCUCGGCUGUUUUCAAACUACACUGCUGCUGCUGACAAAAAAACUUGGAGGUGUUUACGUCAGCAUUUUAUUCGCAUUAUUGUAUUAUUUUCCAAUGACAUAGAAGCUCUCAACACAGACUCAUCCUCGGUUAUCACGUGAUCCGGGUCAGGAUUGGUCUUCAGCAACCAAUGCUGACUGACUGAGUUUAGUUUUACGCCGCUUUUAGCAAUA